AUGUUCAUUCACAAGAUAUGGGGUACAUUGUGGACACUUGCAGAACUUGUUUCGAUAAGUAAGAGUGCCAGGGAGCCAUCACCUAGCGGCUCGCAGAGGUCAGGGGGGGUGGACUUGGAGAGUCAGUGGGUUGAGGGGGUAGAAGGAGCCGCGAGGAACGAGCACUCUUUGGAGCCACUCCUUGGUGCUAAAGCUGUUUCGGGGCCUGAUGCUCCGGUUUGGAUAGACGUCCGUGUCUCCGCAUACCAGCUUGCGGCGCAUGGUGUUGUGAAAACUCUUAAUGAGCUAUUCAAACCAGCCACUGGUAUUACCAGUCUUUUUGUGUCUGUCAGUAUGUUAUUAGGUUUAUAUCGGCUAACCCAUGAAACCGCAGAGGAGGGCGUGAUCCAAGACGAGCUCAAAUUGAUGAAGAAAAACGCAGAGCGAGCCUUUUUGGCAUACUGUCCAGGAAAAAUUAUAGAAAGGUUGGCAACCAAGCAUGAUGUUGUUACAAACGAAAACCUGGGAAUGAAGGAUGGUGGGGGGCACACGAGAAGGGAAUUAUUCAUCAUUCCGGAGAACUCGGUCAAAAUCAUGAAGGCUCACUAGUAGGUGUUCCUGCAACAAACCGAGUCCCAGGCCUGGAGGUGGACUAUAUGCUCUAACACUCGUCCGAAACCUAGCCCAAGGGCGUGGGCAAAGUCUGCAUUCGGUAUCACAGGAAUCGGUGCAGUAGUAUUAGUUGAUGAGAAAGCCAGGGAGAUUGUAGUGCCUGUUCGGGGCACCAUCGGCCUAAUGAAUUGGAUUACGGAUGCAGCUAUUCUUGUUGUUUCCGCGAGACACCUGUGUAAAGGUUGUUACAUGCACUCGGGCUUCUGGGUAGCAACACGCGAGAUCCAUAGAACCGUCAAGGCUGAGGUAAAGAGGUUACGGGCUUUGUCUGAGUAUAGGGACUUUACUCUUACUGUUACCGGGCAUUCUCUUGGUGGAGCAGUUGCAUACCUGCUGCGCGCACAGUUUGCGGUAGACAGAGAUUUCUGUGAGGGUUCCCGUGCCUCUGUUGCCCUGGUAGGUCACGAAAACAAAGCAUUGACACGUAUUCUUCUGAUGCCUGAGUUUUUAGGUUACCUUUGGUCAACCAAAAGCAGGAAAUAGGGAGUUGGCAACGUGGGUUGAGAAGUUGCCCGGAAAGUAUUUACGGGUGACCUAUUCUAGUAUGGAAUGUAUCACCUUGGACCGUGGGGAGUGGCUAAAAUUUGAAAUUUCCCAUAGACGACCUCGUCGUGAGCCUGCCCGCGUCAUUUGGGUGGAUGAGCUUGGGCACUGGCUACCACUACGUCCAUACUAGGAAUGAGUACCACAUUAACCCAAUCCCGAAUGUCAAGAUAUCCCGGUCGAUUCAUGGAAAACCACCCAUGUGAAAAAGAUGGUCGCGGAGGAGUGGUUCUACAACGGAGGCGCCCAUAGGGUUGGUUGCUAUGGGCUUCCUAUGCCAGCAAAGCUUUCUCCCAUCUCUUCACAUUCAUUAUACCUCUACCGAACCAACAUAUGCAGCACGAAGCCACCCAAGAAUAAGCAGCCCCGACCUCGCCUCUUGAAGAGGCAAAGCGCUCUACCUUUCAUGAGCUAUGGGCAGAGUUGGGUAUUGGCGAAUCUACUACCACCACUUAUGGCAGUGGAAUCAUCAGUGACGAUUGGGAAGCGUGGGAUAAGAUUAGGGCUCGUGCUAGCGCUGUUGGGGAUCCCCAAGGCCCGGGCCCUAUUUUGGAUAGAGAUUAACGUCGAGGGCGGCAGAGGUGCGAGCUGCAUUUUGGAGUUUUACGUUAAUGGCAUGCUGCCCGCCACCAUAUCUUUUCAUCAUUUCCUUUCCCGCUUUUCGUUCCAUUCUUCUUGGAGAGCCAGAAUCGGGGCGAGAGUAAUUGGAGCACCGUUAACCGUUUAGGCAUAGAACUGGUUUUAUUAGGGAAAAAACCCAUGUACUCGAGUAGAAACCCCCGUUCCCUUUUUUAUCUAUCCCUUUGCUUACUCCUUUCGUUCGCUCCUUCCUCACUGCCCGAGCAAGAUUUGUACAAUAUCUCAUAAUAUCACCACACUUUACCCCG